CCCUCAGCUGGCCGGGAGGAAACACUCAAAGAUGACUCGUGCACUCUACUCUUAAGUCUUUGUGGAGGGAAAACGUUGAAAGAUUUUUCCUUCCCUGGUUAUGUGAUUGGUUUGCUUGUGAGUGGUUUAUCAAAGGGCCGUCAAAAAAAAACGGCAUUUUCUUUGGAGCGCUGCUGAUGGCCGGUUAAAGCCAUCGCCGCGACUUACGGGUUACCUAACGCCCCUUGUGACCCGGCAAAAGUGGUUUAGGGAUUGUUUACCACACCCCGACAUGCACGGUGCCCGAAAUCCGAUUUUGCACACGGCCCGCACAGUCGAAAGCACACUCACACUCGUGGUUUUGAGGGUUGCGAUCUUUGCGCAGCGGUAAUCCUUCUUCUCACAGCAUACCUGUUAACAUGUUGGGUGACGCGGAGAGAGCCGUGAAACUUUAUAACCCCGGGCCUCAGCUAAUGCAAUUGACCCUGCUAUUCUGGGCCCGAGGAGGCCCGGCUACUUACAUAAACAACGUAAUGAAAAGAACAGGCCGUUCCCGAGUAAGGAGGCGUCAGGCCUCCACGAUGCAUUCAAGGUGCACAAUGUAAACUCACGUCAAUCUCAUCAUCUUGACAAUUCCAGUUUCUUGACAAUCCGGCGACAUUGGCGACAUUUCAAAGCUUGCGUCGGACAGACGACAGAGAACUGGACGUCUUGUGAGAAAAAGUUUAACAUGCAUAGCUGCUGCUCGUCUUGUUUGAGUUUUAAAAACAUGGUUGUCUAGAGUAAAUAUUGAUUUAUCACAGGCUGCCCGCUUAUUGUGAUGUGACUGAGGUGUUAUAUAUGUUAUAUUGACAAUAACUGGCCUCGUCAUGAUACGCCUAAAAAGAAAAUAUUGAAUGUUCCAGUUACUUCUCUAUAGUGCAACUGUGACCAAGCGACAUUGUUAUUUUACUGCGGGCUGGUUUAUGAAGAUGCAAAUUCACCCAGCUCAAAUAGAAGUGAUUCCCUGUAAAAUCUGUGGGGACAAAUCCUCAGGGAUUCACUAUGGUGUCAUCACCUGUGAAGGCUGCAAGGGCUUCUUCCGGCGCAGCCAGCAGAACAACGCCACGUAUUCCUGCUCACGACAGAGGAACUGUUUAAUCGACCGGACCAACCGUAACCGCUGCCAACACUGCAGGCUGCAGAAGUGCCUCGCACUGGGCAUGAGCCGCGACGCGGUCAAGUUCGGCCGCAUGUCCAAGAAGCAGCGCGACAGCCUGUACGCAGAGGUCCAGAAGCACCAGCAGUCCCAGGAGUGCACGGGGCUGCUCGGCGUCUGCGAGCGAGGGGACGGCGACGCGCCCGACCACGGCCGCGCCUGCCGGAGAAGCUCCACUGCCGCGCCGUUCGGCGACCCGGACGACAUCAGCAUGCUGCCCGAGGGCCUUCUGUUCGACCUGCCGCUGACCCUCGAGGACGCGGCCGAGGACUACUGCCGCCUGGACGUGCCGGGCGGCAGUGCGGGCAGCACCUCGUCGUCUCAGAGCUCGCCGGAGCAGACCCACUUGGACUUUGUGGACGGCAACAUCGGCAUCAAGCACGAGUACCAGCUGCUGCACGACUCCGGGCUCUUCUCGCACGCCAUCCUCAACCCGCUGCCCGAGGGCUGCACCCUGCUGGAGAUAGAGCACAUAACUCAGAGUGUGCUGAAGUCCCACUUUGAGACGAGCCGGUACAGCACAGAGGAGCUGAACAGAAUGGCGUGGACCUCCGACAGCCCGGAGGAGACACGCGCAUACCAGACCAAGUCAGCUGAGGCGAUGUGGCAACAAUGCGCCAUUCAAAUCACCAACGCCAUCCAGUACGUGGUGGAGUUUGCCAAGCGCAUCUACGGCUUCAUGGACCUCUGUCAGAACGAUCAGAUCAUCCUCCUCAAAGCAGGCUGCUUGGAUGUUCUUCUGAUCCGGAUGUGUCGGGCCUAUAACCCCAUCAACAACACGAUGCUCUUUGACGGAAAGUUUACAGCCGCUCAUCUUUUCAGAGCACUUGGCUGUGACGACCUGGUGAGCGCGGUCUUUGACCUGGGUAAAAGCCUGAGCUGUGUACAAAUGUCCGAGGAAGAGAUGGCCCUCUUCAGCGCUGCAGUUCUGCUCUCGCCAGACCGAGCCUGGCUGACGGAUGUUGAGAAGAUACAGAAGUUGCAGGAGAAAGUGUACGUGGCGUUGCAGUUCUGCCUACAAAAGGAGGGAGGAGCCGAGGAGAAACUGGCCAAGAUGGUGUCUAAGCUUCCCAUCAUGAAGUCCAUUUGCGACCUUCACUUUGAGAAACUGGAGUUUUUCCGCAUGCUGCACCCUGAAACCGCCUACACCUUCCCUCCUCUUUACAGGGAAGUGUUCAGCAGUGAAAUCACCUUCCCCGACUCCACCCAGGGCUAGAACCACCUGGCCCACGGAGAGGGAUUCAAAUUGAGACAUUGAGGUGUCGGGAAGGGGGGAGGUGGAAAAAAUGUGGCAACCAAGCUGAGGCCAAAACCAACCAGCAGCUCGACGACAAUCCUCCACGCUUACACUUUAGGACAACACUCCUCCCACCCGUGAGCGCCCGACCCCGUGGAGGAGCUCCCACUGCCCUGCAGGCCCUGGCCGUUCGGCGUCAGCGGGACGCCACGGGAACUGCAGCCGCCCCGCGCUGUGCAUGUCACCUCUUUCUCUAGGGACUUAUUGACGAGUAGCCUACGUCGUUUUUUUUUCUUUGAGACGACCGUAAAACUUCUCUCGUAAAGAUAGGAUUUUGACCUUGGCCAUUCUCGGAGUUCCCGUGAGCUCCGCGUUGAAUGUAUCUCCUUCUCCCUUCACCGUUUCAGCACAGCUCAAGGCUCGAAGUAGAAUGUACAUGCUUAAAAUUGUGGAGGUUUGCAGUAUUUACGCCUGUUUCAGUUCUCCCGCUUAUUCUUUCAUCCGACGUUUUUUGGUAGCGCCCCAUACUUUGCAGUUUUGUAAUGAAACGAACAAACUGUUUAAAGGGACCAUGAUCAAACUCACAAAGAGGCGGGUUGGUAACCGGUGUGAAUCGAGUGUCUGCCACCGUGCACACACAGAACAAAACAAAGCACUUAAAUUAUCUUUGUAGGUAUUUGUAACAGCACACCCACCGACACUGAUGGAAGAGAGCUCGCUAUUUUUUUUUUUUUUUUGCCACCUGUAGAGUGAGCGAAUCACAGAGGUAUUUUGAAAGUAUUUUCAGAUGCUCCUUUUAUACAUAAUAUAAACAAUUACACCAAUUUAAUCAUGCAAGAUAAGAGCAUUGGAGGGUGAUGUGCUCGUGCUCAGGUCUCUCAAACAGACACCGCCUGCCCAAACCUUUGCGGUCCGGGGUGGUGAGGGGAAAAAAAAGACUUGAAUGGAUAAUUAUGGCACUUUUGAGUCCUUGUUAGAUUCCAACAUAAACUCUUGCCACAUGUUUUUUUUUUCUUUUUACGGUUUAUGCCAUCUGUGAAGCUCGUAUGAAACCCAGUCCAAAAUGCCAGCUUACUUGGGUAGAGAUACAUCUGAGAGUGCGUGCAGAUGACACCUUUUAGGUAGGGGGGGGGGACAUACGGGACUUUUGUCCUAGAGAAACUACUAAAAGAGAAUAGCUUUUAAAAAACAAUCGCACAGGAGACGUCGCAUGUCUAGCUUUGUUUAAUAUGUCCGCCUGGUUGGCUUCGCACUGCUGGGACGGUGCCGUUCGGCCUUACUUGACCUCACACAGCUUGAAAGUGGGUAUUACCCUUCUCUGGGUACGUGUGAAACAGCGGCGUGGUGGGAUUGUGCAAUAGCGUCUUUCCCGCUGGUGAUCUCACUCCAGCGUCGUUAACCUCGCGGCGCGACAAACAACCUUGUUUUAAAAUAUAACGUACCAAAUACUCCGCCAGCCGCUACACGGGUCAGCACUCAGCUGACGCGACCCUCAGAGGACACAUACAGAUUGUAACAAAGUGCACUACUCUGUGUGUGCAGAAUGUGAGACAUGCUGCUUUGAAAGGACUCAGUGUAGUCUGUUGCAUGCCUAAAAGCUGCCCGGAGGGGAGAGACGGGGGGGCAGAUCUGCACUCACAUUUCCCGGGUUACUCAGGGUGAUAGCUUGGCUCUCUGUCCCACAGUGUCUGCAGUUAGUCGAGCUAGCGACACCUUGCACCAACGUAGAAGACCUUAAAACCUUGAUCACUGUGUCCAGUACAUGUUCUUGUGAAUGUUUUAUUUCAAAGAAUCAAAGAUUUUACCCCCGGCCACUGUCAUUAGUGCAAGAAUAUUUUUUUGAGUUCGAGCCAUAGAUAUAUAGUUAUAGUUAUAAAUAUAUAUGGUGGGUUAUUAUCUCUGAAUCAUGUGUUGGUUUUGUUGUGAUCUUUUGUUUCGGAAUUUUUAUCCCUAUGUGUUACCUUUUCUCAUCAGUUUAGGGUCCUUUUUGUCUUGGAGAGAUGUAAUUCUAUUUUUUUAAUGACCGUUUUUAAAGAUGUCACCCUAAAAGUUAUCUUUUGUCAUGAUCCUUCUGUUUAUAUGUUCACAAUAUUUUAAGAUUAUGGUUAUUAAAUCAAUAUAGAUUUUAAUAAGGAAGCAUUUAUGACAUGCUAUGGAUAUACAGCCUAAGAGUUUUUAACACAAUAAUGUGUUCUUGCACAACGGUGAUACAAAAUGUGGAUUUAAGAAUGUAAUAAAAGUCUUUUUAUAAUUAAAAUAAAAACUUGUUGCUUCA